AUGGCAAAGGAUGAGCACAAGGGAGGAUGGAAGGAGAGUAUCUGGAACUCAAGAACCGGGGAGUUUUUUGGCCGGACGGCGAGCAGUUGGGGUCUCAUCAUCAUCUUCUACGUGGCCUUCUACAUCUUCCUGGCAGGGGUGUUUGGCAUCACCAUGUACGCCCUGCUUUCAACCCUGGACGACCACAAGCCAAAGUACCAAGACAGACUGGGCGUCCCAGGCAUGAUGAUCAGACCCAGGGCUAGUCUGAAUCCUGGGAUCCUGGAGAUUGACUACAUGAUGGAGGACACAGAGACCUGGGACGUGCACGUGCAGGCCCUCAACCAGUUCCUCUCAGAAUACAACGACACGGUGCAAAUGAAGAAGAACUACGAGUGUGUGCCUGACAAGUACUACUUCCAGUCGGACAGCGGAAGUCUGAAGAACUACCCCAAACGCUCCUGCCAAUUCAAGCGCUCUCUUCUGGGGGACUGCUCCGGCAUAGAGGACAAGUCCUAUGGCUAUGGGGAUGGCCAGCCCUGCGUCAUCAUCAAGUUCAAUAAGGUGAUUGGACUGCUGCCAGGUGGAAAGGAAGGCCAGACUCCGUUUGUCACCUGUGGGCCCAAGCGAUUCAAGAGCCAAGAAGAAACGUUUGAGGACGAUGGGAUGCUGGGCAUGCUGCAGUACUUCCCUCCCAAUGGCACCAUGAACCUCAUGUACUACCCCUACUACGGCAAGAAGGCACAGGAAAACUACUCCCAGCCACUGGUGGCCGUCAAGUUCCUCAACAUCACCGUCAACACCGACUUCGACGUGGAGUGUCGGAUCAACGCGGUCGGCGUCAUUCAGCCGGAGGAGCUGCGGGACAAGUUCGGCGGAAAAGUCUCGUUCAAGCUAAGGAUCAACACCAGAGAUUAAAUGUUAAAUUAAAAGAAGGCAACGCC